CUUUUUAAAGGCAAGUUCUACUACUGUGAUGGGCCUGAUGUAAAAAACAUCACUACAAAGACUGACUGCACUAACGCCCGCUACAAAUGGGUUCGACGGAAGUACAAUUUUGACAAUUUGGGACAGGCCCUCAUGUCCUUGUUUGUCCUCUCCUCCAAGGAUGGCUGGGUGAACAUCAUGUACGAUGGCUUGGAUGCUGUGGGUAUCGACCAACAGCCCAUCCAGAACCACAACCCUUGGAUGCUUCUCUACUUCAUCUCCUUCCUGCUCAUCGUCAGCUUCUUCGUGCUCAACAUGUUUGUGGGGGUGGUGGUGGAGAACUUCCACAAGUGCCGACAGCACCAGGAGGCGGAGGAGGCCCGGCGUCGGGAGGAGAAGCGGCUGAGACGCUUGGAGAAAAAGCGCAGGAUUUCUUUUCCAUCUCCAGAAGCCCAGCGCAGGCCUUACUACGCUGACUAUUCCCCGGCACGGAAGUACAUUCACACCCUCUGCACCAGCCACUACCUUGACCUCUUCAUCACGUUCAUCAUCGGCGUCAACGUCAUCACGAUGUCGAUGGAGCACUACAACCAGCCAAAGUCCCUGGACGAAGCCCUGAAGUACUGCAACUAUGUGUUCACCAUCGUCUUUGUGUUCGAAGCGGUUCUGAAGUUGGUGGCGUUUGGUUUUCGAAGGUUCUUUAAGGACAGGUGGAAUCAGCUGGAUUUGGCCAUAGUUCUCUUAUCAAUUGUGGGAAUCACGCUGGAGGAAAUUGAGAUGAACGCUGCACUGCCCAUCAAUCCCACGAUAAUACGCAUCAUGCGGGUGCUGAGAAUAGCAAGAGUGUUGAAACUGCUUAAAAUGGCCACCGGCAUGCGAGCUCUCCUGGACACAGUGGUUCAAGCACUUCCCCAGGUAGGGAACCUUGGCCUACUUUUUAUGCUCCUGUUUUUUAUCUAUGCUGCCCUGGGAGUGGAAUUGUUUGGCAAGCUAGACUGCAGUGAUGAAAAUCCUUGUGAAGGGCUGAGCCGGCACGCAACUUUCACCAACUUCGGCAUGGCCUUCCUCACCCUCUUCAGGGUGUCAACGGGGGACAACUGGAAUGGUAUCAUGAAGGACACGCUCCGGGAAUGCACGCGGGAGGACAAGCACUGCCUCAGUUACCUCCCUGUUAUCUCUCCUGUCUACUUCGUCACCUUCGUCCUCAUCGCGCAGUUCGUCCUAGUCAAUGUGGUGGUGGCCGUGCUGAUGAAGCACUUGGAGGAGAGCAACAAGGAGGCCAAGGAGGAUGCUGAGAUGGAUGCUGAGAUCGAGUUGGAGAUGGCAGAGACCCCAGGGUCUGCAAAACGCUGCCGUCCCCCUGUGCCACAGGACUCUCACAACCUGCUGACGGUCCGCAAGAUCUCCGUCUCCCGGAUGCACUCCUUGCCCAACGACAGCUACAUGUUCCGGCCGGUGAUGCCAGCGAAAGCUCCUUUCCCCCUCCAUGAGGUGGAAAUGGAAACGUAUCCCUGCAAAUCCCAAAGAGGGUCCAUCACCUCCAUCCGCUCCCAGCCCGUGGGAACGUGCUCCUCUCUGAGAGUCCCAACGGAGUCGCUCCAGCUGGCUGGCCGCUCUCCCAACCACGAAGGUCGCCAGCGCUGGAAGAUCCUUCCCCCGAGCGUCACGCCUCGAUCUCCUACUCUCAACAAGCUGCUGUGCAGACAGGAGGCCAUUCGGACGGACUCUGUGGAUGGGCAGGCUCUGGACCGCAAGGACAGCCUACAAGCAGAGCCCGGAGAGAUGCUACCGCCAGCCAAGCAGCCCCAGG